UUUCGGUGAGAGUGUUCAGCAGGGAGCGGCGACACCAAAACAGCUCACCCCGGCAGCAGCGGCGGAACAUCUAGCGCGGCGGCGAUACUCAGCUCAACACCGCCAACAUGGCUAGAGGGUUGAAGAAGCACAUGAAGAGGCUCAAUGCCCCUAAGCAUUGGAUGCUUGACAAGCUUGGGGGUGCAUUUGCUCCUAAACCUUCUUCUGGGCCUCACAAAUCAAGGGAGUGCUUGCCUUUGGUCCUUAUCAUCCGAAACAGGCUCCACUAUGCCCUCACAUAUCGCGAGGUCAUUUCCAUUUUGAUGCAACGACAUGUUCUGGUUGAUGGGAAGGUCAGGACUGACAAGACAUACCCUGCUGGUUUCAUGGAUGUUAUUUCGAUUCCUAAGACAAAUGAAAACUUCCGCUUACUUUACGACACCAAAGGGCGGUUCCGUCUUCACUCAAUAAGAGAUGAAGAGGCAAAGUUCAAGCUUUGCAAGGUUCGAUCUGUUCAGUUUGGCAAAAAGGGGAUCCCAUACAUCAACACAUACGACGGUAGGACCAUCCGCUACCCCGACCCCCUGAUCAAGGCCAACGACACCAUCAAGUUUGAUUUGGAGGGAAACAAGAUUGUCGAUUUCAUCAAGUUUGAUGUUGGGAAUGUUGUCAUGGUGACCGGCGGGCGAAACAGGGGCCGUGUCGGGGUCAUCAAGAGCAGGGAGAAGCAUAAGGGCAGUUUCGAGACCAUUCACGUCCAGGAUUCCCUUGGACAUGAGUUUGCCACCCGUUUGGGGAAUGUCUUCACCAUUGGGAAGGGUACCAAGCCAUGGGUGUCUCUGCCCAAGGGCAAAGGUAUCAAGCUGACAAUCAUUGAAGAGGCGAGGAAGAGGCUUGCUUCUCAGGAUGCAACCGCUGCUUAAGAGUACAACAAAAGAUAUGUCUUUGCUUUAUCCCUUAGCAUCUUAUUUGGUUUGAAUGAAGUGUUUGGUAACAUUGUUUUCUUUCUCUCAUUUUCCAUAACUUUUGCUACUUGCUUAGCAACCCUUUUUUGUUUUCAAUAUUACGUGAGAUGUUCUCUCUUUGACGUUAUUUUUAUGUUAUGGUCUUGUGGACCAAACUAUUUCAAGUCUCUCAACUUACUAUUUCCU